AUGACGAGACUCACCGACGAUGCCGACUACGAUGCAUGUGAAACGUCUGGGAAUGUAUCACGUCCACGGUCCGACUUUGGAAAUGAUCACGCAUGCAAUGGACUUCGAACUAGGUGCGUUCUUCUAAGACUUCCUACAAAUAUGACCAAGUUGCGAAAGCAAUGUCAAACAACAUCAAUAAGUGAUGAUGUUGGUAGCAUGCAUAAUAAUUGCCAGAUUCGAACCGUGGACUUGGUACAUUCUAUUUGA